AUGCACGAACUAUGGGAGGCCGUGCAAAAAAACAACUUGGCGCUUGUCAACAAGCUAUUGGACGAUGGUGAAUAUGAUUUGAAAAUACCAUUCGAAGAGACUGGUUACACGAUGCUACAGACGGCAUGUGUUCAUAAUCUCGUGGAAAUGACUCGACUUCUGCUGGAUCGAGGUGCCAACGUGAACGAAAAAAACGAAGAGGAUGGAACACCGUUGCUGCUGGCAGGGUCUACUGGCUGUUUGGAUAUUGCCCGACUAUUGCUCGAAAGAGGUGCCAAUGUCGAUGACUAUGACGAGGACGGUACCACUGCCUUACAACACGCGUGCUACAGCGAAAGAUUAGAGGUCGUUCGACUACUGCUAGAUCACAACGCGAAUUUGGAAAUAGCGGACUCUGAGGAACUCACGCCAUUGCAUUUGUCAUGCACAAAUGGCAAUGUAGAGAUUACCAGGCGUCUUUUGGACAGAGGUGCCAACAUCGAAGCAAGGACUGCGCAAAAUUUGACUGCCUUGCAUUUGGCAUUUCAGAAGGGUCAGUUGAGAAUCGCCCAGCUGCUCUUAGAUCGACAUGCUGAUGUGGACGCGAAACAAAUGAAUGGGCUCACUCAGCUGCAUGUGGCCUGUCGCGACAGUAGAAUUCAUGUUGUAAAGAUGUUGUUGGAUAGGGAUGCUGACGUCGAAGUGAGGGAUGACGAGGAGUGCACACCGUUGCAUCACGCUUGCAGAAGUGGUCUUAGUCCCACUAUUGUCGAUUUGCUGUUGAACCAAGGUGCCAAUCCAAAUGCACAACAAGCAACAAAGCGUACACCGCUCCAUGACGUUUGUAUGAGCGGAUUUUCCGAGGCUGGUCAAAUUUUGCUGGACAGGGGUGCUGAUGUAAAUGUAGUUACUAACGAAGGUAUGACACCAUUGCAUGUCGCUUGUCAGCACGAUCGGCCAGAGCUUGUAUGGUUGUUGUUGCACCGGCAUCCUUUGUUAAUUUUUGGGCUAAGAGGCUAA